AUGGCCGACAGUCAGCCGGAGCCCCCAGUGGACCCACUGCAGGCUGCCCCCCUCACUCUUGGACAAGCGGGAAACCACUGGACCUCGGAGAAGCCCCAGGAACCCAGGCCCAUCCGGGGCUGCCCGCUUCUCCCGCCACUGGCUGGGCGGCAGCGCCGCUGGUCCCCGAGGCGGCUCUGCUCCCGGGACCCGAAGCGCGUCUGCGGAGUGGCGGCCCGAGCGGCAUCCCGGAGCCUUUGCGCCGCGGAGACCCCGAGUUUCGGGAGGAAGCAGCCCGCGCUGGGCCCUCCGGAGGCGCCGCCGCUCGCAGAGGCAGGAGCGGGGAAGGGGCGCUCGGGCAGGCACAGCCGCCGCCCCUCGCAGGACGCGCUCGUCCGGGGGUUCCGGGUUCGCUUUUGCACGGCGCGCCCGGACUCGCCCGAGCGCUUCCCCGGAGCGCAGCCGGUGCGAGGCAGCGCUUCCUCCUUGGGGCUUCGGAGGAGAGGCCGCAAGGCAGGCCGCGUCGCCCCCGUCGGGAAAGCCCCUGGGCGGGGGCCCGCUGCACAAGCCGGAGCGCGAGAGGCUCCGGGCGGCGGCAGCGCGGGGCUGCUGCGCUCCGGCUUGGAGCGCGGGAGGAAGGCACCCUCGUCGCCGCCGCCGCCUCCCUCGCGGCCGCCGGACGGCCGGGAGGCGGGCGAGAAGCCCUUCUACGUGAACCUGGAGUUCCACCGCGAGCGCGGCCUGGUGCGCGUCAACGACCGCGACGUCUCGGAGCGCCUGGGCGCGCUGGGCAGCCAGGCCAUGCAGCUGGAGGCGCGCAAGAAGCUGCCGGGGCCGCCGCGGGGCCGCUCGGCCGACGGCGCCUACGACGACGGGGGAGAGUACGAGGAUGCUGAGCUCAACGCGCGCUUCCUGAAGGACAACCUGCUGCUCGACGGUGCGGGGCGGCCCGCCUGGACGGCCGCCUCUCCCGCCGCCUUCCAACCCUACCAGAGCGUCUUCGUGGGCGGUCCGGCGGGGGCGGCCGAGCCGCCGCUCACCUGGCCGCGCCGCUCCUACUCGCCGCGCGGCUUCGAGGACCUGGGCGGGGGCGGCGGCUACACGCCGGACUGCAGCUCGAACGAGAACCUGACGUCCAGCGAGGAGGACUUCUCGUCGGGCCCGUCGAGCCACGUGUCCCCCAGCCCCACCGCCUGCCGCCUGUCCCGCGAGAAGAGCCGCUCGCCCUCGCAGCACUCGCAGCAGUCCUUCGACAGCAGCGGCAGCCCCCCGACCCCGCAGGCCCCCAAGCGGCACCGGCAGCACCCGCAGGGCGCCGGCCCCGAGGCCGCCGUCGGGGCGCCCAGGAAGAGCGCGCCGCCCUGGCCCUGCGACGGGGAGCCGCCCCCCGGGAGGGCCGCCGCGGACGGCUGUUUCCAUGGCGACGCAGAGCUUUCCUUUGGUGGCCUCCCCCCAGGCUAUGCCUACGAUGUGGACAGAGCUGAAGAGCAGAGGCACCACCAUGACCUGAUGCCCUUCAUCGAUGACUCCCCCUCCUCUUCACCCCAUCUCAGCUCCAAGAGCCGAGGCAGUCGAGAUGGCUUCUCAUCGGGGUCCCUGGAGUCUACAAAAUCAAGCGAGCCAGACCUGGAAAAGGGUCUGGAGAUGAGGAAGUGGGUCCUGUCCGGCAUCCUGGCUAGUGAGGAAACCUACUUGGGUCACCUGGAGGCUCUCCUGCUGCCCAUGAAGCCUUUGAAGGCGGCUGCCACCACCUCCCAGCCGGUGCUGACCAGCCAGCAGAUCGAGACCAUCUUCUUCAAAGUGCCCGAGCUCUACGAGAUCCACAAGGACUUCUACGACGGGCUUUUCCCUCGGGUCCACCAGUGGAGCCACCAGCAGCGGGUGGGCGACCUCUUCCAGAAACUGGCCAGCCAGCUGGGCGUGUACCGGGCCUUCGUGGAUAACUACGAGGUUGCCAUGGAGACGGCCGAGAAGUGUUGCCAAGCCAACGCGCAGUUUGCAGAAAUCUCGGAGAACCUCAGAGCCAGAGGCUCCAAGGAUGCCAGAGACCAGACAACAAAAAACUCCUUGGAAACUCUCCUCUACAAGCCGGUGGAUCGGGUCACACGCAGUACACUUGUGCUCCACGACUUGCUGAAGCACACCCCGCCAAGCCACCCCGACUACCUGCUCCUGCAGGACGCCCUGCGCAUCUCCCAGAACUUCCUGUCCAGCAUCAACGAGGAGAUCACGCCCAGGAGGCAAUCCAUGACUGUCCAGAAGGGGGAGCACCGGCAACUUGUGAAGGACAGCUUCAUGGUGGAGCUGGUGGAGGGAUCUCGGAAGCUGCGUCACGUCUUUCUCUUCACGGACCUGUUCCUCUGUGCCAAGCUUAAAAAGCAGAUCGGAGGAAAAAGCCAGCAGUAUGACUGUAAGUGGUACAUCCCCCUCUCAGAUCUCAGCUUCCAGAUGGUGGAUGACUCAGAGACGAUGCCAAACAUCUCCCUUGUGCCAGACGAGGAGCUGGAUGCCAUGAAAAUCAAGAUCUCCCAACUCAAGAGUGACAUCCAACGUGAAAAGAAAGCUAACAAGGGAAGCAAGAACUUGGAGAGGUUGAAGAAGAAGCUGUCUGAACAGGAAUCCCUGCUUCUCUUGAUGUCUCCUAACAUGGCCUUCCGAGUGCACAAUCGCAAUGGCAAAAGCUACACCUUCCUCAUGUCCUCGGAUUACGAACGGGCUGAAUGGCGAGAGAUCGUCCGAGAGCAGCAAAAGAAAUGCUUCAAAAGCUUUUCGCUGACAUCGGUGGAACUCCAGAUGCUAACAAAUUCUUGUGUGAAGCUUCAGACGGUGCAUCACAUUCCCCUCACAAUUAACAAAGAAGAUGACGAACCCUCCGGCCUCUGCGGGUUCCUGAACGUGAUUGUCCAUUCCGCCACUGGUUUCAAGCAGAGCUCAAGCUUGUACUGCACCCUUGAAGUGGAUUCCUUCGGGUACUUUGUGAACAAGGCCAAAACGAGGGUUUACAGAGACACCGCAGAGCCCAACUGGAACGAGGAGUUUGAGAUCGAGCUGGAGGGAUCCCAGACGCUGCGGAUCCUGUGCUACGAGAAGAGCUACCACAAGAGCAAAGAAGAUGGCGAGACCACGGACCGCAUUGUGGGCAAAGGCCAAAUCCAGCUGGAUGCCCAAAGCUUGCAAGAGAAAGACUGGCAACGCACCGUCAUCUUCAUGAACGGGGUCGAAGUGAAGCUCUCCGUGAAGUUCACAAGCAGAGAGUUCAGUCUAAAGAGGAUGCCGUCUCGAAAACAAACAGGAGUAUUUGGAGUAAAGAUUGGGGUUGUCACCAAGAGGGAGCGAUCCAAGGUGCCUUACAUUGUGCGCCAGUGUGUGGAGGAGAUUGAACGCCGGGGCAUGGAAGAGGUGGGCAUUUACCGGGUCUCUGGAGUUGCCACUGAUAUCCAGGCUCUGAAAGCUGCUUUCGAUAUCAAUAACAAAGACGUCUCCGUCAUGAUGAGCGAGAUGGACGUGAACGCGAUUGCGGGAACACUCAAGCUCUACUUUAGGGAGCUGCCAGAGCCUCUCUUCACGGACGAACUCUACCCCAACUUUGCUGAAGGCAUCGCGCUCUCUGACCCCGUCGCAAAAGAAAGCUGUAUGCUGAACUUGCUGCUUUCGCUCCCGGAGCCCAACCUGGUCACCUUCCUUUUCCUCCUGGAUCAUUUGAAAAGAGUUGCUGAAAAGGAGAACAUCAACAAGAUGUCACUUCACAACCUGGCCACCGUUUUUGGACCAACAUUACUCAGACCGUCAGAAAAGGACAGCAAAAUUCCUGCCAAUCCAAUGCAACCCAUCGCCAUGACUGACAGCUGGUCACUCGAAGUCAUGUCCCAGGUUCAGGUUCUCCUCUAUUUCCUGCAACUGGAGACGAUUCCCACCCCGGACAGCAAGAGGCAGAGCAUCCUCUUCUCCACUGAGGUGUAG